CGCACCCGUUGCAGGCGCUGGGGCCCGUCUCGGGGGCGCACUUCAACCCCGUGGUGUCCAUGUCGGCCCUCAUCAACGGCCGCAUCGAGUGGCUGCCCUGCAUCUUCUACGUGAUCGCGCAGCUGCUGGGCUCCCUGCUGGGGGCCUUCAUCGCCUGGUGCGUGGCCGGCUCGGGGCUGACGACCCCCGGGGCGCUGCACAACGCGUGCGUCAAGGCCAUCUCCGUGGAGAUCCUCAUCACCAUGCUGCUGGUGCUCGUGUUCCUGGGCGCCUCGGACCCGGAGCGCGGGGACGCCCUCAAGGACCUGGGCGGGGUGGCGGUGGGGCUGGCCCUGGCCGUCGGCCACUGGGUGGGGAUCCCAUUUAGCGGAGGAAGCAUGAAUCCUUGGAGGACCUUGGCUUCAGCAAUCACACAGAACCACUGGGAUAACAUUUGGGUAUACUUUGUCGGCCCACCAGUGGGAGCAGCCAUUUCAGCAGUGACAUACAGAUUUGUUUUCUCAGGAGCUAAAGAAGGAGCAAGUUUGUGAAAGAUCUUGUCAACAUCAAAUGGCAUCCAUCUAUUUACAUUUAAACAAGAAUAAGUACAAUAAGAGUAAAAAUCUAUUACAGCAUGUCAUGACAGAGCAUUUCCUAGAUGGUAUGCAAUUUUAUAUGAUACAGACGACUAAUUGAAUAAAUCUCCUGCAAAAUUAA